AUGCCCGCCAUGCGCGCUGCCGAGAGCCUCGCGCUCGAGCGCGCGCUUACCGCCGCUGACAGGGCCGCGGCCGUGCCAGCUUCCGCCAGUGUGCCACCCCGCGGGGCCGCGGAAGCAGCUGCGGAACCAGCGGGGGCAGCAGCGCCGUUUUUGGCGGUUGCGGGGAUGACGGCGGACGCGGGGGGGAUGGACGGGAUGGUGGGGGUGACGGGGGGGACGGCGGGGUGGGCUCGCGCGACGGACGCGGACAUGUUGUCGCAGCUGUUGGCGAAUUCGCGAACGCCUCUGGCGACGGACAUGGACUUGGUGUCGCAGGUGCGGCUGCGGAUGGACCCGGCGCUGCUGGCGUCGCUGGAUGCCAUGCGCGCGCACUCGCAGCACCACGCGCAGCUGCACGCGCUGCAGCAGGGGUUGCAGGGGCAACAGGCGCAGCAGGGGCUGCAGGCGCAACAGGCGCAGCAGGGGCUGCAGGCGCAACAGGCGCAGCAGGGGCAGCACGGGCAGCAGGCACAGCUGAUGCAGCAGGGGCAUCAGGGGCGGCAGGGGCAGCAGGUGCAGCUGUUGCAGCAGGCACAGGCAGGCAUGGCCGGGGGUCAGCCGUCCGUAACGCUCACCCCAGAACUGCAGCAAUACCUAGCUGCUGCCGGGAAGCUUCCUUUCCUGGACAAAAACUUCCCAAUCUGGGAGGCUCUCCGGGCGGCAUCCGCGCAACAAGCCCCGCCUGGUUUCUCCUCCCCUCCCAUGGCCACACCCGCCACUGCCUUCCCAUCCGCCACACCCCUCCCUCCCGCCGCACCCCUCCCGCGCAUCACAGCCAUACCUCCUUCCCCCAGCAUAUUCGGCUGCACAGAGGACGUGCGCGCAGUGCACGCGCCCUCCGCGUCCGACGCGGAACUGCGCGCGCGCCUGCUGCGCCUGGCGGAGGCCGUGGCCACGAGCGAGCAGGGCGAGAUGGCGGCGCUGACGCGCGUGCUGCGCGCGGACGCGACGCCCCACGGCACGCCCAUGCAGCGCGUGGUGCACUACCUGCUGGGCGCGCUGGGGAAGCGCGCGUCUGGGAGCCUGGGGGAGGAAUACGUGGUGGAGCCGCUGCAGACCGCCGAGGAGGAGGCGCUAAUCCUCGCAUUCGCGGCACGCAACCCGCUGAUGCAGCACUGCUACACCACCAUGGCGUGCGGCAUCGUGGACGCCUUAGAGCACGACCCCCUCGUUCACAUCGUUGACUUCGCCAUGUGGGGCGGCCAGUGGCCCAUCGUCAUCCGCCAGCUGGCAGCCUCCGCCGCCCGCCGCCGCCGCGAGAGCUGCACCCACGGCUGCACUGCUAUCGGCGCCGCGGACGCCACUGGCGCUGGCAGCAGCAGCGGCAGCAGCAACAGCGGCAGCAGCAACAGCAACGGCGGCAGCAGCAGCGCAUGCCCCACGUGCACGGGCCCGCUCCCUCUCCACAUCCGCUACACUGCAGUCGAACCCCCUCCCGGGCACCCCUGGGGAGCAGGCCCCAAGAUCCCCAUCCCGUUCCUGCAGGCGGAGGUGAGCGGUGGCGCAGCAGAGUGCGGAGUGGCGUUGAGCUUUCACCGCGUGGAGGCAAGACCCGAGACGCUGAGGCCGCUCAUGCUGGGGAUCCAGCGCGGGGAGGCCGUGGUGGUGAACUGUGCGGGGAGGUUGGCGAAUUUGGCGGACUCGACUGUGCUGCGUUCCAGCCCCAAGGACACUGCUCUCUCGACCAUCCUGCAGUUAGUCCCCAAGGUGGUGACGAUAGUGGAGUGGGACGCGAACCACCGGCAGCCCUUCUUCCUGCACCGCUUCCGCGACUGCCUCGACUUCUUCUCCAACGUCUUCCACUCCCACGAGCACCUCGCCUCGCGCGCCUCCUUUGGCCGCCGCGGCUUCGAGGAUAGAGUGCUGGCACGAGAGAUGAUCAAUCUGGUGGCGUGCGAGGGGCUGCAGAGGCUGGUGCGCGCGGAAACGCUGGAUCAGCUGCAUGAGAGGAUGCAGCGCAUUGGGUUUGCCGCCAAGCCGUUUUCGCGGAGGAGUAUGGCCGCGCUGGGGCAGAUGCUUGCGCCGUAUUCCAAGGGGUUUUCGGUGGUGAGUCAUCCGUUGGGGGGUGUGCAGCUGCUUUGGCAGGGCAAGUCGAUGCUUGGUGCGUCCUUCUGGCAGCCUGCUGUGGAAGGGGUGGAACUGGGCUUGAGCAGGGGGUGUGUGGGUCAUUUGAAUGGCCAUGUGAGUGCCGUGGGGGUUACGUGA